AUGAUCGCGCUUUCCGAUAUCUUUCGAAAUAGCGAUGGAACUGCUGAAAUUACACUAAUGGAGGAACAGACUCUCUCUAUCGCGGGAAGUCUAUUCAACGCAUCGGCGAUGGACACUCUUCUUGGUCUUCUCGCUGGUGGUUGGAGGGGUGCUCCUCCGUUCCACAUUUCAUCGACUCAAUUUUCCGGACUUGAACUUUCAAUUUUUGUUGUUUUGGAGAGCAGCGCUAUCCCAUUGGUAGAUUCGAUCGCCAUCCGAUGGGACUCUGCUGAGUUUGUGCGCAAGUUGGGCAUUUGUGCAUGGAUCGACGAAAUGCGACCAACGCCUGCGCUCAAGAAUUUCGUGUUGCAGCUCCCAUUUUGGCAUGUAGCGCCGCCGUCGUUGCAGACCGUAAGGUCUGCACCCAACUACAAACCAGUUGGUGGUGAUACCCAUAUCAGCUUUGAUGAGUCGCAGCAUCACUCACCCACACCAGCAAGUGUUGCCACUUUAUUUAAGGCAGUGGGUGGCAUACAGACGCUCUCGCUUUCAGACGAGCCACCGCUCCACGAAGUAUCGCCACCGUACAAGGCGGAGGUACCUUGGGCGCGACCGUCAUCCCCGGAGCCCUCAUCAGGGCAUGCCAAUCAAAGGAAACAAGAGUCUCAUUUCACGGGGUCUGGAUUCACCGAAAGAACGCCCCUUGAAUAUGUGCCAGGCCGACGCAUGAUGGUUCCCCCUUAA